UCGGAAGCGCCUUUCCAAUAUCGGAUGUCAGUAGGCGCCUAUGAGAAAAACAGCGGCAGAAAAGUGCCACAUGGCAUCAAGUCCGCCUUCUUAGCGUUAUAUCUCGUUUUAUGAUUUAUUAAUUUAAUCAAUAAAUACAGAAAAACAUACAGGACGUAACAAAUAAUAGUGGGGAUCCGUUUAAGGGCAUAUUCGGUAUCGUGUUUUGAUUAGGAAAAAGAAGAAACUUGUUUUUGUCGGGAAUUUUUUUUGGCCUUUGUAUGGCCGACUUGGACGACCUGCCUCAUAGAAACAGUUAUUUUCGCGUUAAAAUAUCCUUAAACGGAUCCCCACUAUUUUUGUUACGUUCUGUAUGUGUAUAUGUCUUACAUUUUACUAGCAUCCGAUAUCGGAUUGCAAUGUGAAAGCGCUCAUUACGCACGACCGCUCGUGUAAACCGUUGGAAAGGACCUAGAACUUGAUUUUGGGGAUAUUUUGACUAGAGACCGGAUGUGGCGUUCCUACUAAAACUGCUCUUUAUAAAAAAGAAAUAUAUAAAAUAGCCUUUUAUUUCUUGCGAAUUUUAACAUUGUUUGUUGUUUAGAAUUAGUCUUAAGUUCACUUUAUAGUUUUUUAAUGUUAGUUCUAAAAUUAUUUUUAAAUGAAUUUUAAUAUUGUAGCAAGAACCCCGUCUUCGCAGGUGAAGGCCUUCUCCAGAAUUUUCCACUCUGUCUUGAGCUAUUUUCAUCCAGUUUUGACCAGCGAUAUUUUUUAUUUCGUCUUCCCAUCUAGUAACAGGUUUUCCUAUACCCCGUUUUCCUAGUGGCCCUUUCCAUGACGUAACAUUUUUGGUCCAACGCUGGUCCGGUAUUCGUGAUACAUCUCCCGCCCACUUCCACUUGAGUUGUUUGUUGCUGCUCUUUAUGAGCAUGGGUAAUAGCGGUUCUCGACUUAUAAAUGAAUGUUCUUGCUGCAUUUUUUGAGAAAUGCACUGUAACUGCCAUAACAGGGAUUCCCUGCCUAGUGUUACUAACCGACCUCGCUGCUCGUCCGCUAAUCACACUCGGCAGGCAAUUAUUUUUUCAGCCUUUAAUGUAUUAAGUUUACACAGCUUAUGCUGUGACGAAUUACAGAAAAUGACUCGACGAGGAAAACUAGACUGAUAAAUAUUAUAAUUAAAACAUACGUAGUAUCAAAAACACUGACCAUCUUUGAACCUUAUGUAUUGGAAAUAAGGGUUACGAUUGUCAUUUAAUACUAUAGUAAAAACACUCUCUGCAUGCGAAUACGUAGUGUGCGCUCUGUCAUACGUACCUACCUAUAGGUGUAACAGAGAGCACACUAUGUAUUCACGUGCAGCGAGUUGUUGAUGUUACUAUAUACGAUACAUAAUACUUCGUAUAUGUUUUGAACUCAUUAGUAGUCGAAACCUCGCCCUGGGAGAAUGUAUACGUAUUGUCAUUUGAGAAUGAAUGCGUUUAAUUUGUUAGUUUUAAUUUGUGUUGGCUUAUUUUAUUUAGAAUGCUCAGUUUGUACAAGGAACGACCCGGUAGUCACAGUGAAACAAGGGAAGCUGCAGGGUGCGAUCGACACGUUGUAUGAUGGAUCAACUUACUACGGUUUCAAGGGCAUCCCGUAUGCCCAGGCGCCGUUGGGCCAGCUUAGGUUUAGGGCUCCCCUGCCACCUCAAUCUUGGAAAGGCAUACGGCAGGCAACCGAAUAUGGCUCCAUCUGCGCACAAAAUGAGGGUGGACCAAAUUCCGUCUUCCAAGGCAGCGAAGACUGCUUGUUCCUCAACGUCUUCACCAAAUCCCUCCAUGGUCGCACACCUGUCAUGGUCUUCAUACACGGAGGGUCCUACUUAUCUGGCUCUGGAAACGAUGACCUGUACGGACCAAAGUUUCUCGUUCAACAGGAUGUUGUCCUGGUCACUUUGAAUUACAGACUUGAAGUGCUUGGAUUCUUAAAUGUCGAUACCCCUGAGGUUCCCGGCAAUGCGGGAAUGAAGGAUCAAGUCGCCGCGUUGAAAUGGAUAAAGGAGAAUAUAGCAAAGUUUGGAGGAGAUCCCGAUAAUAUUACGAUUUUUGGUGAGAGUUCCGGGGCUUGCUCUGUGAUUCAUCAUAUCUUGUCGCCGAUGACUAGAGGACUAUUUCAUAAAGUCAUCGCACAAAGUGGUACUUGUAUCCAUGAUUGGGUGGUAGGUGAAGACAGCAAGAGCAGAGCAUUCAGAGUUGCCAAAUAUUUAGGAAGAGACACGAAAAAUACUACAGAGUUGCUUGAGUUUUUAAGAUCUCUACCAGCAGCGAACCUAACUAACUUGACAUCUGCUACGUAUAUAGACGAUGAGAAGUAUAUAGGACUCCCUACGCGAUUUGUGCCAGUUGUCGAAAAGAAAUUUGAUAAUGUCGAAGCGUUUCUAAGCGAAAAUCCGUUGAAUAUUCUUCAGUCGAAAACAAUUCGUAAAGUUCCUUUGAUGUUAGGAUAUAACUCCGCUGAAGCCAUUAUUAUGAUUCAAGAUAGAUUAGGAAAGUUAGACAUUUACAAUAACAAUCCAUCCUACGACGUGCCUAGAGCGAUCGCUGAGAAACUUACCCAAGAAGAAAUUAAUGAUAUGGGUAAAAGGAUUAGAAAAUUCUAUAUUGGUGACAGACUGUACACAAAAAAUGAUUAUAAGGAGAUUAUCACUAUGUUAUCUGACGUGUAUUUCGUGUAUGAUACUCACAUAUUUACCUACUUGUAUUCUAAACACAACAGUCCCGUUUAUAUGUACAGGUUCAGUUUCGAGAGUGACCUGAAUGUUUUCAAAAAUUUUACUAGUAUGGGUUUGGAUUUGAAAGGAGCAUGCCAUGCUGACGAACUAUUUUAUAUGUUCUCUAAUAAUUUUACUAAAGAUGCGUACGAAUCGCAAGAAAAAUUGAAGACCUACGUGUCGAAGGUGACUGAAUUAUGGACUGAUUUCGCUAAGACCAGCAACCCAACUCCAAAAAACAGCUCUGGAGCAAAAUGGCCGGUAUAUACGACAAAAAACAAGAAAUAUCUAGACAUCAACGUGCAGUCGACGGCCGGUAGCUUUGCGGAAAAGAGGAACGUGGAGUUUUGGGACAGCCUGUAUUGUGAGGCCGGCUUGCCUUGCAUUAGGAAUAACUAGAUUUAUUUUAAAGUCUUAUCCACUGUUAUAUGAUAUACAUUGUCAUGCAAACUUCCACCGAAAAUUGGUUUGAACGAGAUUAAACUGAAUAGUUUGCGCGAGAGACACUUCCAAGGUGAAAAAAUGGGUGCCCCCCCCCCCCCCUGUAACUUCU